AUGGGGACCUUCGACCUGUGGACUGAUUACUUGGGUUUGGCUCGCUUGGUUGGGGCUCUACGUGGGGAAGAGGAGCCCAAGACCAGGCUGGACCCCCAACCAGAGCCAACGCCAAGUCCAGAGGGUCAACAGCCCAAUCCAGAAUCAUUGCCAGCCCCUGAACGUCUGUGUUCCUUCUGCAAACACAACGGCGAGUCCCGGGCCAUCUACCAGUCCCACGUGCUGAAAGAUGAGGCGGGCAGAGUGCUGUGCCCCAUCCUGCGUGACUACGUGUGCCCUCAAUGUGGCGCCACCCGUGAGCGUGCCCACACCCGGCGCUUCUGCCCACUCACCGGCCAGGGCUAUACCUCCGUCUACAGCUACACUACCCGAAACUCUGCAGGCAAAAGGCUGGCCCGGCCUGACAAAGCGAAGACACAGGAUUCUGGCCACCGCAGAGGAGGAGGAGCAGGUGCCUGCACAGGUUCAAAAGGUGCUGGGAAAUCUUCUGGACCAUCGCCCUCCUGCUGUCCCUCCACUUCCACCUAG